CUGGGGGAGGAGGAAGGAGGGAGGAAGCGCUCCGGCGGCUCCUAGCCGCGCUCUCCCGGACCCCGCAGCCGGGAAGAUCUGGCGGGAGAAGAUGGAGACGCGGGGGGCACCGAGUUUGGGACGUCGCUCGGGAGAGGGUCGCCAAAUGAUAGCCGUGACUGGAGGCCGUCCCUGAAGUUUGUCCUUGUACGGAGACACGUGGAAUGGAGGUUAAAUGAUGGCAGAGACAAGUCUGUUAGAGGCCGGGACUUCUGCAGCCUCCACAGCUGCAGCUCUGGAGAACUUACAGGUGGAGGCAAGCUGCUCCGUGUGUCUAGAGUAUCUGAAGGAGCCAGUCAUCAUUGAGUGUGGACACAACUUCUGCAAGGCUUGCAUCACCCGCUGGUGGGAGGACCUGGAGAGGGACUUCCCUUGUCCUGUGUGUCGGAAAACCUCUCGCUACCGCAGCCUCCGGCCCAACCGGCAGCUCGGAAGCAUGGUGGAAAUUGCCAAGCAGCUCCAGGCGGUCAAGCGGAAGAUCCGGGACGAAAGCCUCUGCCCCCAGCACCACGAGGCCCUCAGCCUUUUCUGCUACGAGGACCAGGAGGCUGUAUGUUUGAUUUGUGCAAUCUCCCACACGCACCGGGCCCACACCGUUGUACCGCUGGACGAUGCCACCCAGGAGUAUAAGGUGGGCAGUUCAACCUGACCCCCCCAUAUGUGGGGGAAAGGGAGGGAAGCAAAGGAGAGUGAGAUACUCUCCCUGUAGAGAGAACUGAACACUGCACAGGGCAAGGUUGUGUCUGGUCCUUCUGUUGGUUGCCUCAGAGCUACCCACAUAGGACACAGUGUUCUGGAACUAUAGGCCUGAGACUCAAGUGGGAUGGGCUGGACUUAGAGCGAGCUGUGUUUAUAGCAGAGAAGAGAGCUUGGGAUUUUGUCUCAGUGUCUGGUCAGUUGUCCUCUACAUGAAAAGCAGUGGUGAGAGAUACCCAAACUUUUUUUUUUUUUUUUCAAAUUUUUGCCACACAUUUGAGUCUUGUGGAUUAAUAUUGGUACGUGUGGUCUUGGAAUAUCAUGUUUUUCAUGAAUGAAUGAAAUUUCAGGAAAAAGAGUAAGCCUAAGAAAAACUAAGAAGUAGUCUGCUUUCUUUGUCCUGCCACCUUGUUUAGAAUGCUGACGGUUUUCCCGUUGGGGCUGGGGCUAGGUGACAUCAGCUCUUUCUCAGAUAGUGACUGCUGGUUUAAUUUGUUGCUGGAACAUAGGAUAUGUGUUUGAGUAAUAGAAACUAAUUUUUUUUUAAGAUUUAUUUAUUUUACGUGAAAGACUUAACAUG